AUGGAAAAAGGAAACAUGGCGCAAGAUCGUGGCGACGAGGUUGGCACCAAAGCCCCCGACCUGUCAGACCAGGGAGACACGCACCAAGAAAAAUACUCCCAGUUCACAGUAGCCCAAAAACGGGCUAUUGUUGCCAUGGGAUCCCUGGCUAGUUUCUUCUCACCCUUGUCUUCGAGCAUCUAUCUGCCAGCUUUGACCACUAUCGCGGAUUCCCUGCGUAUAUCCGUCUCCCAAGUGAACUUGACAGUCACCACUUAUCUGAUUAUGCAGGGGGUCGCACCCAUGCUGAUUGCAGGAUUCUCGGACACCGCAGGCCGUCGUCCUGCUUACAUCAUUUGCUUCACAAUUUACCUUGCAGCUAAUCUGGGACUGGGUCUUCAAAACAGCUAUGCUGCCCUCCUAGUCCUCAGGUGUCUCCAGAGUGCAGGUAGCAGCGGGACGGUGGCUCUUGCAAACGGUUUGGUCGGAGACAUGAUCACAUCCGCAGAACGAGGUUCAUACAUCGCCUUCGCUUCAAUCGGGAGCAUGUUAGGUCCCUCUUUGUCACCAAUCAUCGGUGGUCUUCUCAGUCAGUACACGAACUGGCACUGGAUCUUCUGGUUUUUGCUCAUCUUCGGUGGCGUGUUCCUCCUCAUCCUCGCUCUAUUCCUGCCGGAGACUUGUCGCGAAGUGGUCGGAGACGGCUCCAUCCCACCACCCACUUUGAAUAACUCCGUGGCAGAUAUUAUCCGCCAUCGCACACGCAAGCAGAAGGGUCUUGUGCCUGAUCCGGACAAGGAAACCGAGAUACGGAAGAACUACUCUCUCCGAUUUCCAUCACCGGUUCCGACUAUGAAGGUCGUCCUUGAUAUCGAGACGUCGGUCGUCUUGGUCACUACAGGACUGUUAUUUGCUGGAUUUUAUGCUGUUAUGACUGGUGCAUCUACCUCCUUCCACAAAAUCUAUCACUUCAACGACCUCCAUGCGGCGUUGAUGUACCUCCCCAUCGGCGGAGGAGGGGUGCUUUCAGCCUUCACGACUGGCCGGCUGGUCGACUGGAACUACCGCCGUCACGCAAAACGUGCCGGUCUCACUGUCGUCAAGAAUGUGCGUGCAGACAUCCGUAACUUCAACAUUGAGCGCGCGAGACUGGAGGUUGCGCUUCCGCUUUACUAUAUUAGUAACCUGGCGAUGCUGACCUAUGGCUGGGUAUUGGGUCACAAAGUCAAUCUUGCUGCUCCCAUCAUUCUUUUGUUCAUUGCCGGAUGGUCUCUCAUUGGUACCUCCCAGGUUCUGAAUGCCUUGAUGGUUGAUCUCUGGCCGGGGAAGUCGGCGACUGCGACUGCGGCGAAUAAUCUCUUCCGUUGUGAGCUCGGUGCCGCAGCAUCAGCGGCGAUUAGCCCUAUGAGCUCUGCUAUGGGCGAUGGCUGGGCGUACACCACACUUGCUUUGAUCUCCAUUGGUGUUUCUCCUUGCUUGUGGAUAGUCGCUUGUAAUGGGAUCAAGUGGCGACAGAAGAGAAAUCGAAAGGAGGAGGAGAAAUUGUCUUGUGGACAAGACUAA